CCGCGUUAGAGUAAGUGGUCUGAGGAUUUGAGGAAUAAAUAAUAUUAUAUUCUUUGAGCCAGCUGCCAGUCUUAUCAACAAUCUUACUCGAGGUGGUGGUCCGUCACACGCAGCAAACUUUCACUUCAAUACGAACGGGCGAUUUUGAAGGUUAUAUAUUAUAAUAUGGAUAAAGGAAGAGGACUUCAAUAUUUUAUCGCUGGUGCUGUAUCACUGGCCACAGCUACGUUGGGCAUGUCAUCAGCAUGGACCACGCCAGUUAUGCCCAAACUGUUGAACAAUGAAACAGACAUCGAUAUCAAUCACAACCAAAUAUCGUGGAUGCUGAGUUUGUCACCAAUUGGCUUCAUGUGUGGCAGUCUAGUCACCAGGUUCCUGUGUGAUACAAUAGGCAGAAGAAGAUCAAUUCUGGCAAGUGCUGUACCAAUGAUCUGUGGAACGAUAAUAGCGGCAACGGCAAAAAAGGCAUGGCUCCUCUUUAUCAUGAAAUUCCUGUGGGGCUUCAGCACUGGAAUGGUGUCAACUAUAGUCACAAUAUACAUAGCGGAAAUAGCUGAUAAGGAAAUACGCGGACGUCUUGUAGUUAGCACCAGAUUUAUGUUCAACUUUGGCAGCCUCGUCGUCAUGUGCAUUGGCUCGUUCCUUUCUUAUGCUGCUUUGAACUACUGUCUGCUCAGCAUGCCGAUCCUCUACUUCAGCUUUUGCAUUUGGAUCCCAGAAUCCCCGUAUUAUUAUCUGAAGGAAGGAAAAGUGGAGUGCGCUCGAAAGGAAUUGAUAAGAUUGAGAGGCAGUACUGAUGGUCUAGAGGCAGAUCUUGAACGAUUGAGUGCACAAGUGAAGAAAGAAAUGAGCCAUGCUAGCUCAUCUUGGGAAUUGUUCAGGGGAAGGCAAUACCGGAAGGCAAUUAUCAUUGUUGUUGGUUUAAAGUUAACACAAAUUAUGACCGGGACACAGGCAGUGAUCCAAUAUCUGGGAGUUAUAAUGCACGAAAGUAAAGCCGGCAUACCAUUAUACUUGCUUCUCAUUAUAUUUGGAGCUAUUAAGUUCUCUGUUGGUAUAAUGUCAUCAAUGCUAGCCGACAGAGUGGGACGCCGGCCUCUUCUGAUAUACUCCUUCUUUGGCAGCAGCGUAUCUUUAGCCAUCGUGGGAACAUAUUUCUUUCUUCUAGAAGUUCUUUCCAUCAAUAACACAUCCCUUCAACCAUACGGAUUCAUAACGUUUGCAGGCAUCGUAUCUUCGAGCGUCAUAUCAACGUUUGGUUUCAACUCUAUCAUAGGAGUAAUACAAGGAGAGGUGUUCCCUAUGAACGUCAAAGCUGUGGCAAUUACAUCAUUAAACAUCUAUGGAGGUAUUCUAGGAUUCACCGUGACGAAGUUGUUUCAAAAAAUUAAGGAUGCCACAGGCUUGUGCGGAGUGUUUUGGUUUUUCUCCUCGGUUGCGCUGCUGGGGUCGAUAUUUUCGUUCUUUAUCAUUCCUGAAACAAAGGGGAAAAGUUUGAGGGAGAUUCAAGUGAUGCUGCAAGGAGAUGUAUACGAUGCUACCGGGGAAGAACUUAGAGAUAUUAAACGCAAAGAAGUUGAAAGAAAUGAAGAACGAUGAAUAGAUCUGUAGGUAACAAGUAUCGCACAAGAAUUGCAUUCACUAUAACUUAGUACAACAAAUAUUAAAUAAAGACUGAAUAUUAUAAUACAAUUAUUUUGAGCAAGUUUUACUCAAUUUUAAUAAAGCUGACGUAAAGACCAUAGAAGUAGUUAAACAUUUAUGUAAUUUUGAAAAUAAUUUUGUGGCGGAGAAACAUUUAGUCGAGAUUUGUUUUUAUACAUGUGAGGUUUUUUUUAUUCUUUAUUCGGAAUAGCAAACAACUACUACUAAUUAUAGAUGACAAUAAUAUAAAUAAAUUUAACAUAGCGAUAUAAUGAACAAUUAUACGAUAUCAGCAUCUUACUAUGAAAAACAUUUAGUAACACAAGUUAGUCGUUACAACUCUCUAGUAUAAUGUGAUGUAUUCGAGAUAUUCAUUUCGGUAUUCCUAUACCUGCACAACACAAUGUCUCCAAACGUUGGUGAUAUCAAGUAAAUCGUAUUAUCAAUGUAUUAUUGUUGGAUAUAUUUAAUUUUUUUAAACCUUUUUAGUUGUAUUUCAUUUAUUUAUUAUAAUUUAUCGUCGUUUCUGCAAAUGUACAAUAUUGCGGAAGAUCCAACUUCGGAGUUAACUUUGUUUUUCUAGGCCAAACCAAUAUAACGUAUCGUUUCAUUUGUCUCACACACAGGCAAUCAUGUCUUCGUUUGAUAUAAUUAAUGUAGCCCCACAAAAAUGUUUUUUGAGUACAAAACCUCCUCUACGCUGUUACCUCAAUCGUUUUACCGCGAGUCUUCGGGCGUGGAGGCCAAUACACAUACACAAAAUCAAAUAUAUGCCAAGCAUUAAUACCACUAAAACCUUAUUUUUUCUUAGUGGCUAAUGCAUAUAUAAACAAGGUUUCAGAAUGUAUUACAAAAUAAAGUUUCAGAAAUUAUAUUACACGAUUACCUACUGUGUAAAGGCCGUUCCGGUUAGUUAUUUAUGACAAUAUACAAGUCAUAACUAAACAUUAUGAUUGUAUACAUUUUCGACUUGGAGAGAUAAAGAUACAUUCUACUUUAUUUUGAGAUGAAAAUCUUCGAAUUAUGGAGAGAAAAUAUGUGUAUUGUAAUAGAUUGUUAGUAAGGAGUAAUUAUUUGACAUAAGAUGGUUAAGAUUUAACUAAGAUAGAUAAACAAUUUGUUAUUUUAAAGUGAUAUCCUUACUUCUGGGUUAAUUGUACAAAAUAAAUUUGUAACCAAAAUUUAUGACGGAACGCGAGAGGCGCGGCUUCAAGUCCCGCAUCGUUCAUAAAUUUUGGUUACAAAUUUAAUUUGUAUGUUUUAUGAAAUGAAAUGAAAUAAAAUGAUUUAUUUGUAUGAAUCGUGGUAACAUAGUUGUUAACAAUUAAUUGGUGUACAAUACAAUUCGCCAAUAUAUCGGCAUACAAAUGUUUGAUUGACAAUAUUGGAAUUUUUAUAUUUAUACGUCAUUAAUAAACAUUACAUAGCAUUAAUUAAAUAAUAUAAUAUAAAAUAAACAUUAGUUUGUAUGUAUUAUUUUUGGCUAAAGAAUUCUUUUAAACUAUAAAAGCAUUUAUCUAUUAGCCAUAAUUUUAAUUUUUUAUGCAUUAAUGUUUUAGACAUCUCUCUAAUAUUCUUUGGAAGGUGGUUAAGGACCCUAAUACACAUAACAUUUGCGUUAUUUUGAUGAAGCGCUGUUAUACAGUAUGGCAUCAGAAGGCGAGCUGGAUCUCUUAAUCCUAAUAUGGAAUAGUCCUUUGCUGGUUUAAAAAGUUCACCAUGUUUUUAAUAGACCAGUAAGCGUCAACAGACGGUGCUUUUUGAAUAAUGGUCUACACGGUUCUAGAGGACUGACAUUGCAUAAAGCUCUUAUACAUUUUUUAUGUGCCCGAAAAACAUUUGAAAUUAUAGAUUUGUGAAGGUUUUUGACUUAUCGAGCUUCGACUGCCUUUAUUAUUAAGUUAAAUACAUUGUCAUUAAUAAAUACUUAGGCCCUGUUUCACAAUGUACAAGUAAAGUUAAGAAUCGGGUACUUGGGACUUAUAUAUCGAACUCAUCUUUGCAAUUCACAACGUACAAAUAGUUGAAAUAAUAAAUAUAUAUUAUUAGACAAUUAAUAAAAAAUUCGCUAUUUGUCCAUUGUGAAAUAGGCCCUAAGUUAUUUAAUGAAGUUCUACUGUAACAAUUAUUGUGCUCAACAUUUUCAUUAAAAUAAAAAAAAAAUA